CAGAAGAGAGGUUGGCUGUCAGUGUGUCUUCUCCUCCGGCUCAAGCUCUCACGGCUCUGAGAGACACAACACAAGUGUGUGCGUGUGUGUAUGUGUGUUUGCGUGUGUGUUUGUGUGUGUUACUGGUUUGUACAGAGCUUUGACACACAGAAGGCAAUGACAUGAACGUUCAUGAGAGGAAACGAGGAAGAGACGUACGCGGACAUCAAGUGUUCCUGAGGGCGGACGACACACCUGCUGUCUUACUCUCGAUACAGCACUGAGUGUAUAUCAGACCUCCAGAGAAACCCAAUGCAGCGGCACGCUUACAUCAGCGCCACACGCCACGAUGCAGUACAGGAUGCAUUGCUGCAGUUGGCCUCCAUUGUGGACGUCAGCAGCCUUCAGACAACCUUCAGAGAUGUGCUGGGAGCCGUCCUGCCCAAUGUGGAGUCCGUGUUUGUGUACCUGUCGGAUGAGGAGUCUCGACUCCGAUGUGAAGAUCCGGCUCAUGAGAUCCCGGCGGAGGGAAAGCUCAGAGAGACAGUUAACCAGCAGAAGAGACUUCAGUGUUCUGGUUUACCAGCAUCAGAACUUCACCAGAAACAAACCAACUCACUCGCCGCUCCAUUACCACCUGACAAACAAGCGCUUAUCAUACCAUUGGUUGAUCAGAGGAAGGUGAUAUCUGUGAUUCUGCUCUGCUGUAAACCGCUAACAGAACAAGACCAGCAAAACCUGAACAUUCUGGAAAAACAUAUGACCGUGACCUGUAAGCGAGUCCUGUACAUGCAUCCACACAGUCAAUCCCAUAAUGCACCAGUGGAAAACAAAACCAGCUCGCGGUCGGAGGACUACAGAGAACUCGACCGCAAGAUCUUACAGCUGUGUGGUGAGCUGUACGAUCUUGACGCCGUUUCUCUACAGCUUAAAGUCAUCAACUACUUACAGACAGAAACUCAAUCUCAAUGCUGCUGCUUACUGCUGGUGUCUGAAGAUAACCACCAACUCUUCUGUCAGGUUGUUGGAGAUAAAGUAUUGGAAGAGGAAAUCAGUGUUCCACUGAUGUUCGGACGGUUCGGGCAGGUGGUGGAGACAAAGAAAUCUAUUAGACUACAAGACGUCAGCCAGGAGGAGCGAGGUUUAUUGAGCAGUCUGUUGGGUUUUGAACCCAAUUCAAUGCUCAGUGUACCUGUGAUCAGUCAAGCCACUGGACAUGUGGUGGCACUAGCGUGCACCUUCAACAAACUGGGAGGACAGAGGUACAAUGAGACAGAUGAACAUGUUAUUCAACACUGUUUCUGUUACACAUCAACUGUCCUCACAAGUACACUCGCCUUCCAGAAAGAACAGAAACUCAAGUUUGAGUGUCAGGCUUUGCUGCAGGUGGCUAAAAAUCUCUUUACUCAUCUCGAUGAUGUAUCUGUGUUACUGCAGGAAAUCAUUGUUGAGGCCAGAAACCUGAGCAAUGCUGAGAUUUGUUCGGUGUUUCUGUUGGAUCGAGUCAGUCAUGAACUUGUGGCCAAAGUCUUUGAUGGAGGUGUGGUGAAUGAUGAUGAGAAGGAGUUUCGUAUCCCGGCGGAUCAGGGCAUCGCUGGUCAUGUUGCCACCACUGGAAAGAUUCUUAAUAUUAAGGAUGCGUAUUCUCAUCCUCUGUUUUACCGCGGUGUGGAUGACAGCACUGGCUUUAGAACAAGAAACAUCCUCUGCUUUCCCAUCAAAGAUGAAAAUGAAGAGGUGAUUGGAGUGGCUGAGCUGGUGAACAAAAUCAACGGCCCAUGGUUUAAUCGUUUUGAUGAGGAUUUAGCGACUGCAUUUUCCAUCUACUGUGGCAUCAGUAUAGCACAUUCUCUUCUGUAUAAGAAGGUUCAUGAAGCUCAGUUCCGCAGUCAUCUGGCCAACGAGAUGAUGAUGUAUCACAUGAAGGUGUCAGAAGAAGAGGUCACCAAACUUCUGUGUAUUGGCAUUGAGCCGGUCCAGAAAAUCCACCCGAACUUCGCUGAGUUCUCCUACACGCCGCGAUCGCUGCCGGACGACAGCACACCCAUGGGGAUUCUGAGCAUGUUUGAAGACUUGGGCUUUAUUAACACCUACAAGAUCGACAUGCACACACUGGCCAGGUUUUGUCUGAUGGUGAAGAAGGGCUACAGAGAUCCUCCUUAUCACAACUGGAUGCAUGCGUUCUCUGUCUCUCACUUCUGCUAUCUGCUGUACAAGAACCUGGAGCUCUCCAACUACCUCGAAGAUAUAGAGAUGCUUGCACUCUUUGUGUCCUGUAUGUGUCAUGAUUUGGACCAUCGAGGAACAAACAACUCAUUCCAGGUCGCGUCGCAAUCUGUCCUGGCAGCUCUCUACAGUUCAGAGGGAUCUGUAAUGGAGAGACAUCACUUUGCUCAGGCCAUCGCAAUUCUCAACACACACGGCUGCAACAUCUUUGAGAAAUUCUCUAGAAAGGAUUAUCAGAGGAUGUUGGAUCUGAUGAGAGAAAUCAUCCUGGCCACAGAUUUAGCUCACCAUCUGAGAAUCUGUAAAGAUCUUCAGAGGAUGGCUAAUGUUGGUUAUAACUCCAAGAAUCAAACCCAUCGCAGUCUUUUGCUGUGUCUGCUCAUGACCUCCUGUGACCUCUCAGAUCAGACCAAAGGCUGGAAAACCACCAGAAAGAUUGCGGAGUUGAUCUAUAAAGAGUUUUUCUCUCAGGGUGAUCUGGAGAAAGCCAUGGGCAACAGACCCAGUGAGAUGAUGGAUCGAGAGAAAGCUUACAUCCCUGAGCUUCAGAUCAGCUUCAUGGAGCACAUCGCCAUGCCAGUAUACAAACUCCUUCAGGAAAUCUGCCCGCGCUCGGCUGAACUUUACGAACGCGUGGCCGCCAACCGCGAGCAGUGGACCAAAGUCUCGCACAAAUUCACCAUACGCGGGUUGCCUAGUAACAACUCACUGGACUUCCUGGAUGAGGAGUUUGAGCUACUGCAGUCUCAGGGCGCGUUCGGUGACGAUUCCCACCGCGUCAACGGCUGCCUAGAUGACCAGUGAUGUCACUGGGGCAAAGGUCAGGUGUGACCAGUAGGUCAGGUGUGACUUCUCCCGUUUCCGCGGAGAUGGAUUGUCUGAGAUGCUGAAGGACGAUUAAGGAUUGAUGUGGAGUGAAACAAGUCUCAAUGAAGAUUAACACAGAUUUUCCCAAAAUUAAAACCCCAUUUAAACAUUUAUUUUUUCACUAAACUUACAUGAUAACAAAUUAUCACAAAGAAUGUAAUAAAACAUUUUAGCAAAGAACACAUUUAAAUUUUAUUAAAUCUGCCUACUAUUUUGUUUUGUAUUCGUUUUAUUUUGAAGCAAAAAGAAACUCAAGUCUUUUUUUCUCUUCUUUAAAUUGAAUUUUUGUCAGAUGAAACUGAUCUUUUCAUUAAUCUUUGUUUCCAAGUGGAAACAAUUUGGCUUCUCAGAUGUCAGUUUUCCCAGUUCACACAGAGAAAAACAACCAAACAACAUUUAUUUUCCAUUUCCCAAAUCCCCAAAACCCAAAACAAUUAUUGAAGAUCUCAUUGAAGCGGUUAGCAGCUGGAGCUCAUAGAGAGAAACCCGCUGUGACAUCUGUCCACAGACACUCAUGAUGAUGAUGAUGAUGAUGAUGAUGAGACUCUCUGUCUCUGUGUGUUUUAAGGGACUGUGAUGUCCUCCGAGGACACAGACUUUCUCAGGCUGGCAGAAUGAUGUCUCACAUGGAAUUUGCCUUACAAAUGUUUGUGUUGCCUUCCUGAGUGACUUUAGGAGAGAAAACCGUAUUAAAUCUGCCUAUCGAUGUACAGUUCUGAUAUAUGAAGAUCUGCUGUGUGUGAAUCUGUGUGACUGUAAGUGCAUUUGCCAAAAUCUGCUACAAAACAGAAGACAGAAAGUGAUUUCUGACAAAUAUGAGUUUGCUUUUAAAUGUUUUUCUGACAGACUCUCACAUAAGAUGAAAAUAUUUUUGUGACCCACACUGUAAAAAAGUGAAAGUUUGAUCUACUUAAAUAACUUCAAAAGGUAACACCUAAAAAAAUUAUAAAUUUAUAUUUUUCACUUUAAGAAAAAAAACGUUUAAUUGGUUAAAUGCUAUCAAAAAUAUUUUACCCAAUUAAUAAAAUGUAUGUAUUUUAAUUUCAUAUAAAAUUUCCAUUCAUUUGGAUUACAUACUUUUUUUUAAUCUAAACUAACUAAAAAACUUUAUGCGAUUGAUAUGUGUCCGUUAUAUGAAACCAGUAUAAAUAAAAUGUAUGUAAUAGUAUUACUAAAUCCAAUGUUUUUAAAAUUAAUAAGAAACAUCCAGUUUGACUUUAAUUCUGUCAGAGGGUUCUGUUUUAUUGAAAAAUGUUUGGUUACCAUAUGCCUGCAAAAAAAUGAAUGUCGUAGUACUUUGUCUUGUUUUCUAGUAUAAAUAUCUGAAAAUACUUACAUUUAGAUACGUUUACUUGGUAAGCAAAGAGGGCUUAAGAUUUUAAGUCUUGUUUACUGAAAUAAAUUAUGAAAUUAAAGAGUUAAGGCUAAAAACAAGUACAAAUAUCUGCCAGUGGGAUAAGAAAAAUAUAAGAAAAAAAUACAAACUUAUAUUGAGUUUAUUGAAUUAAUUUGAAACUGGAAUUAAGUUUAUAUUUUUAUUCCACUGGCAGAUAUUUAUACUUGUUUUAAGUAUAAACCUCUUGAUUUUCAUCAUUUAUUUCAAUAACAAGACGUAAUAUCUUAAGCCACCUUGCUUACAAAGUAAAUGUAUCUCAAUUUAAGUAUUUUCCGAUAUUUAUACUAAAAAACAAGACAAGAAUACUAAGAUAGACAUUCAUUUUUGUAGUGUAUUAUGGUGAUCAGUGUUUAUUUUAGAUGGACAUUAUGCUGAUCAGCAUUUACUGUAGUUGGGACUUAUGGUGAUCAGUGUUUACUUUAGUUGGGCUAUUUCUAAGCCUUAAAGUGUUUGUUUGUUUGUUUGUUUUUUGGGGGGGGGGCUGUUGUAAUGUGUAACAUAAACAAAUUACAACAGCCAAAAAACUUAAGGUUAAGAAAUCAAAGGUCAGUAGCCCAACUAAAGCAAACACUGAUCACCAUCAUGGUAACCAAACAUUUUCAAUAAAACAUCAACAUCUAACAUAAUUGAAGUCAAACUGGGUUUUUCUAAUGGAUUUAAACCAUUGGAUUUAGUAAUACUAUUACAUAAAUGUUAUUUGUACUUGUUUUAUAUAACUGACACAUAUCAAUCACAUAAAGUUUAUUAGUUUGUUUAGAUAAAAAGUGUCUAAUCCAAAUAGAUUAAAAUAUAUAUGAAAUCAAAAUACAUAAAUCAUAUUAAUUAGGCAAAAUAUUUGUUUGAGUGAUAGAUCGAACUUUCACUUUCACAUUGCAUAAUUGAUUACAACAGAGAGUGAAUCUCACAAAAAAAAACACAAAUUAGUGACAUGAAAAGUAAAAAAAUCUUAAUGCUUCUAAAAAAGCUUCAUUUUCUUAAUGCAAAAUCUAUGAUGUCACCCCUAAAUCAACUAUGACCUGAACACUUCUUGAGAGUUUUAGUGAGCCAUCAUGUUGAUGUUAAGUAACUACUGAAGGUUUAUACAACACAACUCAGUGCAGUGAAACUACUGAACGUCUUAAAAUCCAAACCUUCAGAGCACAAAAGAUCCCUGCUGUCCGACUCUGAAUGGUUUAGGAAAAAACUUUUGUGUUUGAUGAUAAAUAUUUUAGGAGUGUUAAAGAGCUCAUGUAAAGAGAAACUGCAGGAUUUCUAUCUUUGAGCCUUUCAGUUUUCUGAUGUCUGCUGUAUAAAAUAUUUAAAACAAACAAACUUGUGCUGGCAGUGAACUUGAAACUAAUUUUGAUGCUUUUCUUAUGAAGUCUAUUUCUGCAUUAGAUAUUAAUUUCAUAAUAAGAGAUUUGCUAUUGUUUUGUGCAAUAAGUGGUUCUUUCUUCACCUCAUGAUGUGUACAUAACAGCCAUUUCUAAAUUAUUACUUUUACACGCAACUUUAUUUGAUCUAUUUUCUGGUAUUUCUACACGUUUGUACCUGUACGUGAAAGUAAAUAAGAUCGGAUUUGUUUGUUUUUGAAUGAAUUCUCAUUCUCUAGUGCCAAUCACAUAACACACAGACUUCUGAUGUAAAUAUGUUUCUGAAUAUUUCAGCUGAAUCCAGGGAUUGUCAUUAGGAGUUAUUAUCAGCGUUCCCUUUACUAAGAGCCUGGAGAAGAGCUACCAAACAUCCAGGAAACAUCAACAUAAACAACUUGCUGCAUUUUAUCGUGUCUGAAUUAUUGUUUGUUCAGAUUUGAAGAUCUCCAUUACUGAUGUUCUGUGGUUUAUAUGGUGAUAAAUACAAACAACUGUGUAGAUAUUGUACAGGUUGAACUGUGUCUCUUACACAUGUCAAUGAAUUAGACAUUAUGAAAGAACAAUGAGAAAAUACUUUUUAUCCAAAUAAAUGUCUUCAAAUGGC